AUGACUCUCUCUACUGAUGUGGACAGUGUCCCUGGCACCAUCCAUCUCGUCGACUUGGACCACUCCAUGCGCGCUCAGCAUGCUCAAGGUGGUGAUAUUGUUCUCGAUCCCUCCCCUUCAUCUGACCCCGAUGAUCCGCUCAACUGGAGUCCUCGGCGCAAGCUGAUGUCAACUAUUUGCGCGAACCUGUAUACGUGGUGGACUGGCGUUGCUGUCUCUACGGUGUACUCGGUCCUAGUACCCUUGAGCGUGCAAUCAGGCGUGUCCAUUUCUACCCUCAAUGAGGGAACUGGGUACAUGUUUCUAUUUCUAGGCUGGGGUCUCCUCUUCUGGCAGCCUUUCGCACUACGAUUCGGAAAACGCCCAGCGUAUCUGCUUUCUGUUCUUGGAGCCAUCGGCACUAGUAUUUGGAGUGCCUAUGUCAAGAGCAACGGAGAAUGGAUCGCAAGAUGCAUUCUCAUGGGAUUCUUCAUUGCACCUAUUGAGGCCCUCCCAGAAAUAUCAGUGACCGACAUUUAUUUCACCCAUCAACGAGGCACUUACAUGGGUCUAUACGCUUUCUCACUUGCAGGGUCGAAUUAUGCAACUCCCAUCGCUUGUGGCUGGAUUGCUGAGGGUAUUGGUUUCAAAUGGGUAUUCUACCUCCCUGCCAUAUUCCUCGCAGUUCUCUUCGUGUUUCUUUUCUUCUUCAUGGAAGAGACCAAUUACUAUCGCAAGGCAUCUGGCAUUGUGUCCGAGACUUCGUCUCCACCUCCGGAGGCCAUUCUCGGAGAAGACGCAGAGAAGAAUCCAACCGUCGGCAAGACCAUUACCAGCACUGAGAACGGUGAAAUUCAUGGCGCCCCAAAGACAUAUAUGCAGAAGUUGUCGAUCUGGACCCCUCACCCCGGCCAGGGCAUGUUCUCAAGGGCAAUCCGGAGUCUGAAGUACCUUGGCUGGCCCGUCAUCUUCUACGCCGGGUUCUCCUACGGCUCGUACUUGAUCUGGUUCAAUGUCCUCAACGCCACUGCCUCCAUUAUUCUAGGUGGCGCCCCGUACGGUUUCAGCGCGUCUAUGGUCGGUACCAGCUACGUUGCCUGCGUGAUCGGCGUCGUUGCCGCAUCAUUACUCUCAGGCCCAGCCAGUGACUGGCUGACGAUCAAAUUGGCUCGACGAAACAACGGCAUCAUGGAAGCUGAGCACCGACUGUGGCCCUUUGCCCUCUGUGUGAUCGUCGUGCCCGCCUCGCUCAUCCUGUGGGGUGUCGGUGCCGCACAUAAGAUCCAUUGGUUUGGACUGAUCUUCAGUAUGGCUACACUCGCGUUCAGCGUCACCAUGGGUGUCUCGCUCAGUGUCAAUUAUAUGAUUGAUAGUUAUCACGACAUCAGUGGUGAUGCGAUUGUGACGGUCAUUAUUGUGCGAAACACCAUGUCUUUUGCUAUCAGCUAUGGUAUUACUCCAUGGUUGACCGACCUCGGCUACCAGAAUUGCUUCAUUUCAGCGGCAUUCGUCGGUAUGGCCGCAUCUUCCGCGUUUCUGAUCAUGAUCUUCUUUGGCAAGGGCUUCCGUGUUCGAAGUGCUGCCAGGUAUCGGGAACUGGUUGCUGCUAAUACUGCCAUCGCUGAGGGCAAGUGA